AAAAUAAAAAAGUAAUUUUACAAAAACAUACGACAUUUAAAAUGAGUAAUGCAAAUGCAAGAUCAAAUACUUUCAAUGAAACAUUCUUGAAUGAUUCUUAUCAAGAUGCAAGUACAGUGUCAAUGGAGCUUGAUAAAGGCUUAAGAUCGUCGAAUAUUGGUGAACAAUGUGAAGCCAUCGUAAGAUUUCCAAAACUGUUUGAAAAAUAUCCUUUUCCCAUAGUCAUAAACUCUAAUUUCUUGAAAUUGGCUGAAUUUUUCCGGCUCUCUGGUUCCAACUUGUUUCGAUUAUGGGUUCUACGAGUUUGUCAGCAAAGCGAAAAGCAUUUGGAGAAAAUCACCAAUGUUGAUGAAUUUGUGAAAAGAAUUUUCACAGUUAUUCAUUCAAAUGAUCCUGUAGCGCGUUCAUUAACAUUAAGAGCACUUGGCUCUGUCGCAUCAAUCAUUCCGGAGAAGCAACAAGUUCAUCAUGCGAUUAGAAGAGCUCUAGACAGCCAUGAUACAGUUGAAGUUGAAGCUGCUAUCUAUGCAAGUGUUCAAUUUGCAGCUCAAUCGAAAUCAUUUGCAAUUAGUAUGUGCUCUAAAGUGGCUUCAAUGAUUGAAUCUCUUCAAACUCCUGUUAACAUGAAGCUUCAAUUAAUUCCUGUUUUAAGACAUAUGCAUCAUGAUGCCAAUACAGCUGCUCUUGUUAAAACACUUUGCAUAAAUUUAUUGCCGAAAUAUCCUUCAGAAAGUUUCGUUUGUGUCACACUUGAUUCAUUAUCUCAACUUAGCUGCGCUACACUUGUUGAUAUUCCUGAACAAGUCAAUCUUCUGAUAAGCUACUUGCAAGAUCCUCGUGUGAGAGUCAGAUUGUGUGUUCUUCGUUCACUUCAAUCGCUUGCUGAGAAAGGUGCUCAUUUAUGGCCAAAUGGAUCUGUUAACAGUUUAAUAUCAGUCGCAAUAGCAAUGCGUGGCGAUAGUUACGAGCAUGGAUUGAUGCUGUCAAUUGUCCUUACAUUAACUAAAUGUCCUUUGAUUGCUGGGUCGAGAGAAGAAGAAGGAAGAAUUCUUGAGCUUUGCACUUCAUGUUUCAGCACUCUCAAUCAUAAAACAAACAUUUUGGCAAUCGCAAUCCUAACCAGCGUCAUUACUUAUUGCUAUAGUGAAGAAAUUCCACCACCACAAUCAUAUCUCAAUGAAAUCAACUCACAUCACGAGAAACUUAUCCUUUCAUGUCUCAAAGACGACGCUCACGUUAAAGAACUGUGCAAAUAUUUGAAAUGUGGUGUACGAUUAGCAGAGAAAAACGAAGGAAUUGCAAUGGAUUUUACAAAAUUGAUGGGGAAAAUUCUGACAGAAGAGACGCAAUUAAAUCAAAAACAGUCUGAGUUGAUAUGCGAGACGUUGGCAUCACUUUGUAGUCAUUUCAUGAAAGAUCGAUAUCAAAAUAUGUUUUUAAAAUCAUCGCCAGAUUCAAUGGAAGUAGACGAAACAAAUCACGUCAAUCCUUUUCAUGAACUUCUUCCAAAUCUUCUUAAGCGACUUGAAAAUCUCGUCACACCGAAAUUUCAUAAAAAAGACUCGCAUUUCAUUGAAAUUCUCGCUGCUGUUUGCCUUCAAUCAAUGAUAGGAUUUCACAUAACUCGAGAAAUGCACGAAGUGUUUAAUAAAGUUCUCAAUGCUAUUGACAAUUGGAGUCAAUAUCGCAUCGCAAGAUCAGCUUCACGCUAUGGACAUCCAUUCAUUGCUACAAAAAUCUAUGAAAAAGUAUCGAAGAAUGUCUCGCAAGAGAAGUUUUACUUUUAUUUGUCGGGAUUAACUCAAAUGUCAAUGGCUGAAUGUAUUCUCCUUUACGGAUAUGAGUUUGAUGAACUUGAAGAGAGAAUUAUGAGUGAAGAAUGUGAAGAAAGUGAAUUGAAUUUAAUUCGUCGAUUAGAGAAAUCAAUUGCACAUUAUUGGAAAGCUUUGGCAUCAUUGAAAGCAGCAUCGUCGCACAUUCAUUCGCUUUCAUUUCAAACUGAAUUUGUCUGGCUACGUGCUUCAUUCUUGGAAGCUUUGCUUUCAAUUGUCAUCGUACGAAAUACUCAAUACAUAACGCCACCACCUGCAAUCGCACAAACAGUCGCACAGAAUUCUCGUGAUCCACUUCAAAAGUACGGCCACAUCACAAAUCAAUUAAGGAAAUGUGUAAAGUUGUUGAAAGUUUGUGAAGAUAAUUAUUCAGUUCUUUACAAGUCAUCGUUCGAUGCCGAUCCUUGUACAUUAGAACAAUUGGAGAUAGCACAAUAUCAAUGCGCAAUCUUUGGUUAUUCCUUGGAAACAAUUUGCUUCUCAAAUUCACAAGAUAAUUUAAAUAUCCCCACUCAAGGAAGUUACCCAGAAACAGCUUUUGCCAUGGCGACAUGCAAGAAAAUUUUCCAAGAAUUUGAGAAACUUCCAGUUGAUGUUGGUGGAAAAACAAUAACAAAUCAUCAUACUGAAGUGAUCUUGAACCAAAUUGAAAUGGCAAUAAAAGCGCCACUUUGUUUUCCAAGACUUUUCUUUCAAGUUCAACAAAAUACUUCAAUCAAACUCAGCAUGUCGCCAUUUCCGAGAGUUGCUGGUGAAGCGAUUCUUGUCCAACCUGGCCACAAUCUUGUUGUGAAAGUUGAAGGAGUGAUUCAAAAUUCAGGAGCAAAACCGAAUCUUUAUCGUUCAAUUGAGUCUGUUCAGUUGACAUUGACAUCUCAACUUACGACGCCUCGAACGGUUGAUAUUAAACCAAUGAACGAUACAAUCACUCUUGUUCAAACAACGAAACCGUCAAGAGACUUUCUCAGUGCAAACUUUCUUCUCUCACUUAAUCAAAAUGGCACGAGUGGACAGCAAUGGCAAGUUACACUCGAAUCAUGUAUUAUUGAUGGACAUGGCGUCUUGUGGAACACUCUGGGACCAAAAAACACGCUGAUUGUACGCGUUCCACCAGAAAACAGCGCAAUGGCUUUCAAGAAAUAAAUAAUUUUCUUUUGACUAAGUAUCUGGAUAUAUAAAUAACAAUAUUUUUGAUCUAUAAUUAAUAAAAAGUAAUAAAUUUCCGACAAA